UUUCAGUCAAAUUAGCAAAUUGUUUAGGAUUUCUGAUUUCAGUUGAAUUAGAAGAAUGGCGACAGCGCAAGGAGGAGGAUACCAUCAUCAUCCAAUGACGCUAGAAGAAGUACGGACUCUCUGGAUUGGAGACUUACAGUACUGGGUCGACGAGAACUAUCUCAACUCUUGCUUCGCUCACACCGGCGAGGUUGUUUCAAUAAAGAUUAUACGUAAUAAGAUUACUGGUCAGCCAGAGGGUUAUGGAUUUGUGGAGUUUGUUUCUCAUGCAGCUGCGGAGAGGAUUCUGCAAACUUAUAAUGGGACACCAAUGCCUGGGACUGAACAAACUUUCCGGUUGAAUUGGGCUUCUUUUGGAAUUGGUGAAAAACGUCCUGAUGCCGGGCCUGAGCAUUCAAUUUUUGUAGGGGAUUUAGCACCUGAUGUUACAGAUUAUUUGCUACAAGAGACCUUUCGAGCUCAAUAUCAAUCUGUUAGAGGUGCCAAGGUAGUGACAGAUCCAAAUACUGGACGCUCAAAGGGAUAUGGGUUUGUCAAAUUUUUGGAUGAGAAUGAAAGAAAUCGUGCAAUGACUGAAAUGAAUGGUGUCUUUUGCUCAACUAGACCGAUGCGUAUUAGUGCAGCAACGCCUAAAAAGACGACUGGUUUUCAACAACAAUAUGCUGCAACAAAAGCCAUAUAUCCUGUCCCAGCGUACACUACCCCAGUGCAGGUGCUUCCUGCAGAUAAUGAUAUCAAUAAUACAACAAUUUUUGUUGGUAACUUGGAUCCAAAUGCUACUGAAGAAGAACUGAGGCAAACAUUCUUACACUUUGGGGAGAUUGUCAACGUCAAGAUUCCCGUGGGCAGAGGAUGUGGUUUUGUACAGUUUGCAGCUAGGACAUCUGCUGAAGAAGCCAUCCUAAGAGUACAAGGACAUGUGAUUGGUCAACAGCAAAUCCGCGUUUCUUGGGGCAGGAAACAGGACGUAACUGGUAGCUUGGGAGCACAAGUAGAUCAGAGUCAAUGGAGUGCGUACUAUGGUUAUGGACAAGGCUAUGAUGCCUAUGCAUACGGGGCCACACAAGAUCCAUCUUUAUACGCAUAUGGUGCAUAUGCUGGCUACCCACAGUAUGCUCAACAGGUUGAAGGUGUUACAGAUAUGGCAGCUAUGGCUGGUGCUGUUCCGGUUGUCGUCGACCCAAAAGAGGAGUUAUAUGAUCCCUUGUCCUUGGCUCCACCCGAUGUUGAUAGGUUAAAUGCUGCUUACCUUUCGAUUCAUGGAAGUGCCAUAUUAGGCCGGCCCAUGUGGCGGAAAACUUCUUCACUUACACCACAAGCUUAGAUUCAUAUUGCGGUGUCUUCUGCACUUUUGCUUUAGAACUCUCGGAGGAUUGACCUUCUUUUGGUCUCACUGUACGAUUGUCGAUAAUGAAGACUAGAGCAUUUAAUUAGAAUUAAAAUUAAUAAAUAGAGUAGAGUGGGGAUUAUUAAAUUUAUUAUUUGCUUUUCUUGUAAUUUUCUCAUUCUUUGUUAGU